AUGUCGACUCCAGCUAGGAGAAGGCUCAUGAGAGACUUUAAGCGUAUGAAAGAGGAUGCACCUCCAGGAGUUUCCGCUUCUCCAUUGCCAGACAAUGUGAUGGUAUGGAACGCGAUGAUUAUUGGACCAGCAGAGACACCGUAUGAAGACGGAACGUUCCGUUUGCUAUUGGAAUUUGACGAAGAAUACCCUAACAAGCCUCCGCAUGUCAAAUUUCUGAGCGAGAUGUUCCAUCCUAAUGUGUAUGCCAACGGCGAGAUUUGUUUGGAUAUUCUGCAGAAUAGAUGGACUCCCACAUAUGACGUGGCUUCGAUUUUGACAUCGAUCCAGAGUCUCUUCAACGAUCCUAAUCCAGCUUCACCGGCCAAUGUAGAGGCCGCAACACUUUUCAAAAACCAAAAACCUUUGUACAUAAAACGAGUCAAAGAAACGGUCGAAAAAUCGUGGGAAGACGAUCUGGAAGAUAUGGAUGACGACGACGACGACGACGAUGAUGACGACGAAGAGAAUGACGAAGAGUGA